CGUGUGGUGAGUCAUGUGUCCAUCAAAUGAUUGCAUAAAAGCAUUGUUUUAUGCGUCCAUUGAUUAGCACUUCCCAUGCAAUCAUGUCUUUCAUCUCCAGUGUUGUCAUCAAUGGUCACAACCAGUCACACGAUGAUUAUGUCCACCACUUUGACCAACACAUCGAUCACAUUGAAGACAUUGAAGACAUCGAAGACAUCGAAGACAUCGACGAAGUGCUCUCAGAUUACGAAGUGAUCGAUGAAUUACUUAACUUUACCACCGAUGAAGACAACGACAAUGGUUUGAAUGAAAUUGAAUGCGAACUCAAUACGGAUCUCAUUGAGGAGUACUUGGAUUCAACUGAUAUGAACCGUAAACCCAUUGCCAGCGAUGGCAGAAACAGUGCUAAUGGUUCCCAAAGUGACACCAAUUCAUCGUCGGAUCGGAUUUGCACCCGAAGUCAUAGCGAUUCCAAUGUCAGACAUAAUACACAGCAAUGGGAUAUACCUCUACACGAGUGUAGUGUAGUCAUAGAACCUCUGGAUCUGCACAAACUGAUCCCAACUGGUGGUCAUAGUUAUCGUUUGCCAAAAUUGACGCAAACGACUGCCAAACGAGACAAUCGAUUGAAAGCAACUGAUCUGAGAGCUGACCGGUUGGGCGCGAAAAGGGAACGGGAUGUGAGACUCGCGGCCAAGUCUAUGGUUAAACAAUUCAUAGCCGACAUCAAGACCUAUAAGAGGACGGCAUUCAGGGACAGUUCGGUUCAUAUUUAUACGACACAUGAAUUGGGAACCGGCGUCACCUUAAAGAUCGGUCCCAUUGUCACCGAACGCAACCAUUGA